GUUAUAUUCACAGAAUUGGAGAAACAUUUGUUGGCACGCAGGUGAUAUUCUUUGACUAUUUCACGCAUUUAAGACAUAGUUCUACUGCAGGUGUGGUAUCGGGAUAUUAAUCAGAUGAAUAGCAGCGAGGUAAUGGACUACUUAAAUACAAAUGAAACUGAUAACAACACAAAUGCUGACAUGCAAAACAUAAAUAAUUCUGACGUCACACACUAUGAUAACAUCACUGAUUUGGACUAUGAGAAAUUGCCCAAAAAAUGGUACUACGUUUUGGAGUCCGUUUUGCUUUCCAUAUGGAUAAUUAUAGGGCUUGCCGGAAAUGUCGCCGUUAUUCGGGGUUCCAUUAAAGCAAAGCGUUUCGCUAAACAGAAUGUUUAUCUAUUCAUCGGACUGUCCUUGAGUGAUUAUUUCAUUUGUCUGUUAAGAGGACCAAGUCUUAUUUAUAUAAUAUUUCACACAAAAAGUAGUUCGGAUGCUUUCUGCGAAAUAUGGAUGGUAUCGACAAUAUUUUUGAUUAUUGCCGUUGUUACCAAUAUGGUCGUUGCUAUAGAAAGACGCAUGAUUAUGUACAACUUUCAGAGAUAUCUGAGGCUCUUUACACCCAAGCGUGUCCUUAUUGGUAGCCUGGUCAUGUGGUCAACUGUCACCGGAAGUUUCGUUGCAGUGUACAAAGGCAUGGACUUCCGCUCAAAGCUUCGUUUCAACGAAAGAUCUUGUUACCUAGGAACAGAUCUGUUUCAGAUGGAUGAAGUUACGGCCAUGGUAUUUCGUAUUUGCGUCGUUGUCUCAUUUGGCCUCUUGCCAAUUUUAGUACAAGCGGGAUCCUAUGUAUCUUUAGUGAUAAAAGUAUACAAGGCGGAGCUGUUGAAACUUGACAAACUUGAUGAAAAAGUCACAUACACGAGAAUUACCGGAAUUGCUUUUGCGCGCGUUCUCGUGACAGUCACAUGCUUGUUUCCUGUGCUUAUAUGUUUUGCAAUUGGCCCGAUGUAUCCGGAUGUGUACUACACGAAUGUCAGGUUCCUUGACGACCUUAUCAUUCUUCAGUCUGCCAUAUCUCCUUUCGUAUCAAUGCAUGACUCGGACUUCCGGGAUACAUUUGUUUACCGGAAGUGGAGAUACUGCUCUCCAUUCAAACACAGGACUAGCAGUAAGAAAGGAAGCAGACGAAGCAACUGUAUUACAUCAGCGGAUAUGAAGACAUUUGGGCAUAAUUAAAACAAUACGUAACGAUCUUGCUACAUACUAAAAAGAGUGAAAUUUGUUAGUUAUAGGGAAAGCCAAAACUUGAAAAGAAAAACAGAAAAUUACUUCUGAUUCAUGGAAUAAUACUGUUAUUGAAUGGCUUGCCUGCCAUUAGUCAAAGUUAUUACAUGACUCGAUCAAUGAAUCGACGGUCCAUAAUUUGUGCCAUAUGACCAGUCUAUGUUCACAAGAUUAGUGGGCUAAUAGGUCGAAGUCUUUUAAAAUAUAAGUGCAAAAAGUUAUUUGUGAUGUCGUGUAAUGAAACAUUUUUUUGAAUGGCUUGCCGGUCAAUAGUCAGAGUUGUUGGCCCAAGGUCUUGGAAAAUACUUUUAACUAUGGACUUAUAUGUAUGCUAUUUGCUCUCAGGCCAAUAAUUUUGACUGUUGAUGGGCGAGCCAUUUAAUUUCUUGUAUAUAUGGACAUAUCUGGGAUUAAAAAAUCAUCAACAACACCUUUGUCUGAUCUGUCUAUAUACUACGUAAGGACAAUUAAUGUACGAACAAACAAAACAAUUUCCAAGAUAAUAAACAACAAAAAGCUUAAAAGCUUCCAUAAAAAAUACCCUGUUUAUCAGUUCUGGUGUUUUUUAAACAUGCGAUAGUUUUCUCCUAUUGGUAAUAAUCUACAAAUUUGAUCCUCAACUUUGAAAAAUAUUUACAGCGGUUUCUAACGACCUUAAAGUAAGAAAGUGUCAAGGUUACGAAGAAGUGCUUUUUGAGAUAAAACAACGUUUUAUGAUUCGGGGAUAUGACUAUUAUUAUCUCUGAUUACUUGUAUUUUAUAGCUAUAAUUUAGUAAAGAAUGUAAAGAGUAAACACACGGAUUAAGUUUCUAUAA